CAUCUCUAGCGUUUUUAGCGUUCCUCUAUUUUUUGCAAAUUGCAACAAAUUGUUAAAAUUUUCUGCUGAAAUAUGAAAAUGGAUGUGGAUAAAAAUGCCAGCGAUGCUGUUGUUGAGCUAACCGAAGCUGAAAAUGAGCUAUACGACAGACAGAUUCGAUUGUGGGGACUGGAAUCACAGAAGCGAUUGCGCACAGCCAAUAUAUUAAUUUCUGGACUAAAUGGUCUGGGUGCGGAAAUAACCAAGAAUAUCAUUUUAUCUGGCGUGAAUCUGGUAAAACUGCACGAUGAUAAAUUGGUCAGUGAACAGGAUUUCUGUUCACAAUUUUUAGCGGCACGCGAAUCGUUGGGCAUUAAUCGGGCAGAGGCAUCGUUAUCGCGUGCUCGUGCUUUGAAUCCCAUGGUGAAUAUAUCCGCCGACACUCAACCACUGAAGGAGAAAAGCGCCGACUUCUUUGGCCAAUUCGAUGUGGUCGUCAUCAAUGGCGAAAGCAAUGAGGAAUUACUGAGAAUUGAUAAUAUUUGUCGAGAACUCGGCGUUCGAUUCUUUGCAGCCGAUGUGUGGGGAAUGUUUGGUUUCCACUUUGCCAGUCUACAGAAGCAUUCGUUUGUGGAGAACGUCAUUAAGUACAAGGUGGUUUCCAAGCCAAAUGAGAAGGUGAAAUGUGAGACUGUCUCCACGCCAGUACAACGUGAAGUCGACUAUCCGGCGUACUCCACUUGGCUGGACUUUGACAUCAAUGCAUCCGAUUAUCAGCGCAAAUUGAAGCGUGACGGACCCGGAAUUAUUCUGCUGCGUGUUCUUCAAAACUUUCGCAGCACAUAUAAACGUGAUCCCAGCUACAAGACCAGAGAAUCGGAUAUUGCACUGCUGGAGAAGAUUCGUGAUGAGCUGGUGCCGAAUUCCACUUUGCACAGUGAUGCACUUGGUCUACUCUUUGCUCAGAUUUCGCCAGCUGUUGCUGUCGUUGGUGGCGUUGUGGCACAGGAGAUCAUCAAGGUGGUGACCAAAAUGGAGGCUCCUCAUCGAAAUUUGUUCAUAUUUAAUCCCGAAACCUGCAUGGGUUAUGUGGAGUCCAUUGGUGUCAACUGAAAACUCGAAUUAAAUACAUAUAAAUACAGUAAUAUUCCAUGAAUCAAAUGCAAAAAAAA